CGGGGAUAAACAGGACGCGAACAAAUUUGGAAGGAAAUUUAACCCGUUUGAACGAACUCGUUUAGGGAUUAAAAAGAACAUCAACUGAAAAACAUUCAACUUUUCACCAAUAACUACCAUUAUGUUGUUAAAGCUUUUCCUGAGAAGAGUGAACGAUAAAUGAAAAAAUCCAUGAUCAAUCGUUUCAUCAACGUUAACGCUAACAAGGAAUUCAUGAUUAAGUAUAUCAGAGUGAACCAAAACUAAUUUUAGCGUGUAUUGAAAAUUUUCCCUGAUUAUAUCAAGUAAUAAUAAUCAGCAAAUCCUGUCUUUUGAAGAACAGCACUCUACAAGCUGCACGGUAACGGUACAUUUUUGUAUCUGGGAGUCUUGGGUCAGGUAGAGCCUGUUUCAAGCGCCAUCUAUCCUUCACUUCACGAGGAAAUUCAGCUGGGAUGUUGGUGUUGUUUAUUAUGUUGAUUUAAUAACAAUGAGAAAAGACAGAGGUCUGUUCUUUCCGAGGUAUGGCAUUAUUUGAUGAUGUGAACUUUAUAAUCACACAUUUGAGGAAUUCCUACAUCACCAGUGAUGAUACUGGGAUUUGUGAAAUAGUCAUAGAGAAUGAGGAGUACCCAGAUAAACCAAAGGAGAAAAGAAUAUCAGAUGGUUAUAGCAAACACAGGACUUUACCAGCUCAGUAUGACAGUGGUUGCAGCACAGAUGGCUCUGACUCCGAGGUCUCAACUUCCUAUGACAUUGUGUCAGAUAUGGACAUUGGUGCACAUCGGAGACGGUCUAACACAGCUCAGAGAUUGGAGAGAAUCAAAGUGCAGAAACAGAGACAGAGUAGGAUAAAACAUGUCCAAUGGAAAGAAGGUCAAGAGUAUAACGUGGAAGAACUUGGUCACUUGUUUGAGAAAGUUGACUUUGGGAAGAAAGAUACUGACAAGGCAGAGACUCGAGUUCGUUCAACCUCCGCUCUUUCUCGUAGACUGGAAAAAUCUUCAGGCAUUCCAAACAACCUAUUUCAUGAUUAUGCUAAGUUUGAUGGAAAGGCCCACUCAGGUGUAGCAACAAAGGCUAUUGAUAUUUUUCUUACUAUGGUAUCCGAUGAAGAAAGACCAUAUCCUAUGCUGGUUGUCACCAUAGCAACAGCCAAAGUUCAGGAUUUGAUUGGUCUGAUUUGCUGGCAGUAUACCAAUGAGGGUCGUAAGCCAGCACUCAGCAAAAACCUGGAAUUGUAUAGUCUUUAUAUGGCAGAAGAUGAUGGGGAAGUGGAUUAUGAUUUUCCAAGUCUUGAUAUCAGGGAGCCUAUCUCCAAGUUUGGGUUCUCUAAGCUUGCUCUGGUCCAGGAGAAAGCUGUUGCCAAAAUUAACAAAGCUGCACCUGUAGUUACUAUCUACUUGCCAUCCAAAGGUUUCAAUAAGAUUCAGGUGGAGUCAGAAUCCAUUUUAAUGAAGGAAAUACUUGAAAAAGUGCUGCAAAAGAGAAAGAUAAAUACCAAAGGUCUUUCAUACUUACUGGAGAAGCAGAAUGAACCAGGGGUUGCUAUAGACCUGGACAGUCCACUUAGUGCAAUGGAGACAUUGGAGUUUUGUUUGGUUAGGGAACACAGUGCCCGAGGUGACCAGCACAUGCUGUCUGCUCCGGCUGAUGCGUCAUCUGCCGUGUUCUCUCUCACCAGCCACCAGUAUAAGUCCUAUAGAGUCAGCAUGGCUCUCAAAUUGGGGAGAAAUACAGAAGUACACCUAGGUAUAUCUGGAGACAAGAUUGAGAUUGAUCCAGUUAGCAGCAAGGCUUCUACCAGGACUCUGUUUCAGAAACAGAAACCAUCAAAUUAUAACAUAGAAGAUGUGGCUGCUUGUGAACUGAUUGAGGAAAAGUCCACUGGCAAGUCUACAUUCCGUUUGAUCUACAAGAGCAAUUUGGACCAAAAACAUCAUGAUUUCGAGGCAGAAUCUGCCAAAGCCAAUGAAAUAAUUCAGCACAUAAACACAAUCCUGGAAUUACGCUCAAGCCUGGUACGCAAGGAAUACAUGGCGAUGAAGCAACGCAAAUUAAACAAGAGCAAGCGCCUGCCAUAUUCUCAUUCACAUUGGUACAGUCCAUGAUAUGUUAAGUCAAAGUUGCCUAGUUAUAGGUCUUGAGUUAAAAAAAUUAUUGAGCCCAUUAUUAACUAAUGUAAUGCAAUAUGCAUAAAUGCAUUGGAAUGCGCAUAAAUGCAUUGGAAUGCAUAUGCGUAGUUAUUCAGUUUCAGCAAAUGUUGAAAAAAUAAUGCUGUCUUGGGAUUUGACAUGGUUUGUGAGAUAGGAGUAGAUAUGAUAUUACUGAAAAAGCUAGUCAUUUUGGAGCAAACCCUGAGACUCGGCCAGUUCACUUGUACCUUUACAGCAAGUAUCAUCGGUCAAAGAAUAGGUAUGCAUUGGAAUUUUCCGUUCUUCUCUGGGGGAUGGGGGGUCCUCUUUUUAUUUGGAAAAAUUCCUUUGUAGUGUUUAAGAUAUUUUAGUGUAAGAAAUAUCCCAAACAUAAUUUUGUUCAGGGUUAUAGGAAUUUCCGUCUUGUUUAUAUUCUGAAUAGAGGUGUGGUCCACUUUAGUCUCCAAAACUCAUGGUAAUUGUCUAAGAAGUGCAAAAAGACCUCCCCUCAGGUCGUUUUAUACAGUUGUAAGUGUUUGACUCAACAAAAUUUGUUUGGCUGUUAGGAUUAGGUAUGAACAAGUUAGAGACUUUGAUUCUAGUAAACUGUCGUAUAUGUAAGUUGGAGGUAUCAAAUUCUGCAGCCCCAACCUCUCACCACCCCAAGUUUUAACUUCUGCUGUAAAAACUUGCAUUUGUGGCAAGUACCGUGAUUGCCUUAUUUCCCCUCAUUGCUGGAAGUAAGUUAAGAGGAUAUACUGGGUUAAGAAGAGUCUGGUCGGUAAUAAACGUAUGGUCCCAACAGAAAAUGACUCCUGAAUUUUUUAAAAAGUUGAACAGGAAUGAAGAGGGGCCAAUUAUAAGGUAUCAGUCAUGUUUUAAUCUUUUAAUCUAUAAAUGUAAAUUUUGUAAUUAUUCACAGUAUAAUUAUUGGAUUAAGGUGUGGUAAGGUCCCUUGCACUUUCCUCUUCCAUUUUGUGUGAAUAUUUUUAUAUGCAGGUUCUGCUAAAGCCAAUGUAAUCCAAGGUGCUGAACAUGUGGUGCUUUCUGGAACAUAAGGGCAAUGUUAUUUAUAAGGGACACAAGUUGUAAAGAUUAUGAUGUGCUAGUUUCUAAGCAUACUUUUUUUUAGUCUGUAAAGAAUUGUAUAGACUCCUGAUUUUUGUCACUUUGCCAGAUGUAACUAGAAAAGAUCAGUUACAAAAUUGUAAGUGAAUGAAUUCCUAAUAAAAUACUUUUAAAAGGAAAA